UGGCCGAGUGUCGAGACAAAUCAGAUGAAGCUUUGUCUCUCUCUAUAAUUGCAGAAGAAAGUCCAAAAGGGUCCAAGCUGGCCUCUCCCAUUCCCCUGUAUAAAAAAGCUGUAAACUUUUACUUGGUGUGAAAACCAGAGAAGCAGACCCCGCUUCUCAUCCAUUUGAUUGAAUUGAACCCAAUUAGUUCUCUGCAAAUUCCAAAGAAACCCAGAUAAGAAAGUAAGCUUCUUGAAGCUCAAUCUCAAGCAAUUGUGCAAAAAGUUUGGUUCUUGGGUGCAGGAGGAGGAGAUGUGGGGAUUUGGGGGUAGGUAUUAUUGGGGAAGAAAGGAGAGGAGUGAUGAAAUUGAAGGGAUAGUGGUGGUGUUUGCAUGGAUGUCGAGCCAAGAGCGGCACUUGAAGAGCUAUGUGGAGCUUUACUCGUCUAUGGGUUGGAACACACUCGUCUGCCACUCCCAAUUUCUCAAUAUGUUCUUUCCUGAGAAGGCUACAACUAUAGCGACUGAUAUUCUGAAUGAACUUCUUGAGGAGUUGAAGAUUAAGCCUUGCCCUGUGGUCUUUGCCUCUUUUUCUGGUGGUCCAAAAGCCUGUAUGUACAAAGUUAUUCAGAUAAUUGAGGGAACUUGUGAAGCAAAACUGAAUCUGGAUGAUUGUCGACUGGUUAGGGACUGUAUUUCUGGCCACAUCUAUGAUUCCAGUCCAGUGGACUUUACUAGUGAUCUGGGUACUAAAUUUGUUCUUCACCCAACUGUCCUGAAAGUAUCCCAUCCACCGAGAUUUGCAUCCUGGAUGGCGAAUGGCAUUGCUUCUGGCCUUGAUGCCCUCUUCCUCAACAGGUUUGAGUCACACCGUGCCGAGUAUUGGCAGACUCUCUACUCCACUGUUGGCAUGCAGGCCCCAUAUCUAAUCUUAUGCUCAGAGAACGACGAUCUCGCUCCAUUUCAAGUUAUAUAUAAUUUUUCUCAAUGCUUACGAGAACUUGGGGCUGAUGUUAAACUAGUAAAAUGGAAUGGCUCUCCUCACGUAGGCCAUUACAGGCAUUAUCCAAUUGAUUACAAGGCUGCUGUAACUGAGCUCCUUGGUAAAGCAGCUGGAGUUUAUUCUCAAAGAAUUCGACGACUGGAAGGAGAAACAUUGGGUAUGCCGGCAGCACAAGAAGAGAUCGUUGACAAUGAACCGAUGAGUAGUCUCAGAAAAGCUGCUGGUGGCUCAAAUGGGUUUCGAGGAGUCACUUUGGCAUCCAGUGAUCAUUUCUUCACGCCCGGCUCAAUGGAGUAUGACGGAGGCAGAGAUGUUGGGUCUAUGCAAGACGAGCGCAAGGAAGGUUUGAUUCACCUGCGUAACCCACCAACGCCAACCAUGAAUGUCCACGGUGUCCUUGGUCAGAUCCUUUUCGACGUCUGUGUUCCAAAAACCGUUGAGGAUUGGGAUAUAAAAUCAUCCUCGGGCUCUUUGAAUGGGAACCGCAGUUCAUUGGCUUCAAGAAGAAGGCAUGCCCCUUUUAAUCCAAUCAAGUGCAUACGUCGGUCAAGAUUAUAGAAUGGUAUAAUUGGGAAAAUUUUCUUAUUUCUUUUUGUAAUAAGGAGUAUGAUGAUCUCUUUCUCCUACGUAAAAAUGUACAGUGGCUUCACUGAAGAACCUUAGGUGGGUGAUGAGAAUCAUUGUAAUGAAAAUUAGAGGAACUUGUAAAUGUACAAAAAGAAAAAAUAGAUAAAUUAAUAUUAUUAAUAAUAAUCUUCUGGCUUUUGUUGAA